GUCCAACAACCCCGACCUGCACGGUCCCCUUCCCCCAGCCACUCGACCCAGGCGUAGCAAAUCAACUGGAGGAGAGGGUCAACCGUCUCCGCUUGAUUACCAUCCAGAAAAAGAUGCAACCUGUCCUGGUCGAGAAACCGACGGAGGAGACAUUGGUCAAAAACGGCUUAGCCACGGCGACGAACGCUCGAGCGACGUUUCAGAGAACCACGACCUCAGCCAUAGUCCCCGAAGAGAUAGCCCGGACGACAGCACAGGUAGAGCCAGCCUCGGACGCGAUGGAUUUGGAUCCCCAAGCAUCGACCUCCUUGGCAAAUAUCCAGCCACGCCGCAAUUCACCGGACGUGAGAGUCCUCUCGAAGGAGGAGAAGAUUCAAUUGCUGACGAAGGAGCACAUUCUUCUUUGGAAGAAGUGCGAAGCAGCCCGACCGUCCGGCGCGACAGAGGAGCUCAAAGCACUCCUCUGUCAAGCGCAGGAAAGCCAAAAGGUUCUCCAGAAACUGAUUCCUCACAAGGAAUUAGAGGAGUUCGUCAAGGGCUGGAACCCUUGGACGAUCAAAAAAGAACUAUAUCCCAACGCUCCAAAGAAAAACGACGGGAAGAAACGCUCCUCCUCCUCCAAAGGGGUGAAGGAACUUUACAACGACCCGAACCGUUGGAAACAGGUCAUGAGGGGCUGCAACACCCUCGAAGCAGCGUACCGCCACAUGGCGGACUAG